AUGGUAAAAGCAAUUCAAGUUCUACGUAUCCAUCUGCUUGAGCUAGAAAAGGUUAACGAACUCUGCAAGGAUUUCUGUAGUCGUUACAUUGCCUGCCUGAAGACAAAAAUGAACAGUGAAACCCUAUUAAGUGGAGAGCCUGGAAGUCCUUAUUCACCUGUGCAAUCUCAGCAAAUUCCAAGUGCCAUUGCAGGCACACUCAGUCCCCAAGGGAUUAUGGUGCCAGCAUCAGCAUUGCAGCAGGGAAAUGUAACUAUGGCAACAGUAGCAGGGGGGACGGUGUACCAGCCAGUCACUGUGGUCACUCCGCAAGGUCAAGUAGUGACACAAGCACUGUCACCUGGGACUAUUCGUAUCCAGAACUCUCAGCUUCAGUUGCAAUUAAACCAAGAUCUAGGCAUCUUGCAUCAAGAUGAUGGCUCAUCAAAAAAUAAAAGAGGAGUUCUUCCCAAGCACGCUACAAAUGUGAUGAGAUCUUGGCUUUUUCAGCACAUAGGGCAUCCAUAUCCAACAGAGGAUGAGAAGAAACAGAUCGCAGCACAAACAAAUCUGACACUACUCCAGGUUAACAACUGGUUUAUCAAUGCUAGAAGGCGAAUUCUUCAGCCGAUGCUGGAUUCCAGUUGUUCUGAAACUCCAAAAACAAAGAAGAAAACGGCUCAGAACCGACCGGUUCAGAGGUUCUGGCCUGACUCCAUUGCCUCAGGCGUUGCUCAACAGCAAUCUAAUGAGCUCACGAUGUCAGAUGGUGCUGUUGUAACAAUUACAGCUCCAGUCAACAUGAAUGUAGACAGUCUCCAGUCUUUGUCAUCCGAUGGUGCUACUUUGGCUGUUCAGCAAGUUAUGAUGGCAGGGCAGAGUGAGGAUGAGUCUGUAGACAGCGGUGAAGAUGAUGGAGGAGAUCUCUCAACAACAAAUAUCAGUGGGCUGGUCUUGGAUAACAGCGAUUCUCUGCAGUAGGAAGCAAGAGAGUGUGACAAAAUGUUUAGGAAAAAGAAUGGACUGACUGACUGUUUUUAUAGUUUGCACAGCAAACAUUUUACACAAGUUUUAUUUCUAAUAUGUUUUAUAUGUAGAUAUAGAAGGGUGCACUUUUUUGUAUUUCAUAGUAAGCUUAAAGAGUGUUUUUGCAGGUGCAGCAACUUCUUUCAAAUGUGUUUUUUCAUUUCUUUUCCUUAUUUCAGAAAAUUAUAUCUAGUAAUAUAAAGAACCACAUAAGCACCCCUUUGUUCUAUGAAUUGGAAGUGCUGCAAUUUCUAAAGAAUUAUGCAGUUUCAAUUAGUGCUGUUAUUUAACACAGCUCUUGAUGGGCAGGUGAUGUAAAUUUAAAGCAUGUGACACUAGUGUGUGGAACUUAAUGAUCAAGUUAGAUGCAUAUAUUUGAAAGAUGCUUCUGCACCUUAAAAACUGCUAGUCUGAGGUGGACAGCAACACACAUAAAAAGAAAAAG